GUGCCACUUGUACCAUCAAGAUCAAGAUCAAGAUACGAUAAUAUGGCCAAAACAAUCUGGUAACGCUGAAUUGUGAGAACAAAAUGUAAACAACUUUAGCGGAAUACAAAAGAACUCCAGAUUUUUUCAAUUUUACGGCUUGUUUUAUUGAUCUAUAAGAUGCAGAUGUUAGAGGAAUAUGGGAAAGAGGGUCCCAUUCGAGGCAUCUUCCUAGCUGAGUUCCACCACAUAGCCGGCCCCAAGAUCAUGCACCAACAUCCUGAAGGCUGCAUCAGCAAGGAGAUAUUUGAUGCAGUCUCAGUGUUCAUCAUCCCCAAGCCGCAGGUGCUGAAGCGUAUUGUAACAUUCAACGUCCUGGGAGUCAAGAUCACAGGCUACCCCAAUGAAAUCCGCAGCCCAAGUUAUAAGCGCAAUGCUCUCAUCUUCAACCUGGCCUUCGUGUGCGAGUCCUCGGCCCGCACUGUGCAUUACGAGCCGGCUGUUAAGAAGUUGUCUGAAUACCUGGAAAAUCUUGAACUGGAGGAUGGCUUCUUGUCAUCACCGAGUGGCCGUGCGCGUAUCCCGGCUCUCCUGCGGCAGGUACUCGUGGAUCUAAACAAGAGUGGACACUGCACCGUCACCAUAACCUUGGGGGGUGGCGAGGGGGAGCGGCGGCCCAGCCAACUGAUGCGGCACAACACCACAGAUGGCAGCACCCCUCCCCAGCGGCGCCUCAGCCUCUACAGUGACCAGCGGCCGUCUGAGGCGACCUUCAGGGGCUACAGGAAGUCAUCCGUGUCUGAAGCCAAGAGCCGCAGGAGGUCGUCUGACAGCACCACCACCUCUGUCCUGCAUCUCAAGGUGGUGAGGCUGUGGCCCGACCCCCUGCAGGUUGAGGAUCACCACGUUCCGGUCCUCAUCUCGGAAAGGGUGUAUAGCCGGGGGGACCACUGGGAUCUUACUACGCAACAGAUUCUUCCCUACAUUGAUGGGUUCUCACAUGUUGCCAAGAUUGCUGCUGCGGCUGAUGUCGAUAAUAAUUUAGUGAAGGCGUGCGUGGAGAACCUUCUUUACUACGAGCAAGUGCGCCUGCUGCCGAUCUUUCAGUAUUCCAAUGUGUACGUGGUGACCUCUGGCAUCCGGCACCUUUACGAGGACCCAGAACUGCAGGAGGAGUGCCGAAGGACAGUCAGCAAGCACUGUGCCUCCAGACCGCAGCUGUGCCAGAUACUAGAGAUUUACUGCAGCAUGACAUAUGGGGUCAGCGUGCGAGGCUUGUGCAUCCGUUACAACCCACAGGUCCUUAACAUUGACGAACGGAGGCUGGUGCAGUUCGGCCUGACAAACAAGCUGAUCCGGCGUCUGCACCAGUACCCCCUCCUGGUGCCGCCCGAGGACCCACACCACACCCCCAGCAAGCACAAUGCCAUCCACGCCCUCUGCAGCGGCCAGCAUAACUUUGACGAGAUCUGCUGCCGCCUCGGACUGACUUUCAAAGAGCUCAGUGAUAUCGUAGAGAGAGAUCCCAACAUCCGAGUGCUGUGGAAGUGAUCUGUGGGGUCCUGUGGGGCUGUGGCUGUGGUAGGGGGAAGGUAAGGUGUGUGGGUAAGGAAGGAAGAGAUGGUUGUGUAGUGCUGUGAUGUGUGAAGUCAGGUUUGGGUGUUGGAGGGAGGGUGUACUGUGGUGGAAGUGAUGUGAUGGGUGAUGGAGGGAGGGUUUGCUGUGGUGGAAGUGACAUGAGGGGUCCUGUGGCUGUGGUGUGGGAAGGUAAGGUUUGUGGGAGUGAGGGAAGGGCUGUGUGAUGCUGUGUUGGGUGAGGGAGGGAGAGAUAGAUGUGUGGUGCUGUGAUGGGGGGUGAGAGAUGAGACAAGGGUUGUGUGUAAUACAUUCUGAGUUCCUAUACUUGUGAUAUAAAUAGUGGCACAUUAUUUCAAGGUUCUCAAGCGUAGACUGGUCAAAUCCCGAAUAACUUGAUCAGAACCGGAGACAUAAAUAAAACACAAAGCCUACAAAUGAUCUCUUUCUUUGUUUCAUUGCAGCUUUACAUAUUUGUCAGUGUAUUUUGACAGAGGGAGAGAAAAAGAGAAAGAGAGAGAGUGUUAGAGACAUAAUUAAGGUAAAAGUGGAAGGAGGAGGAGCAGAUAAUGAAAAGAGGAAGACCAACAUUAUAAAGUCACUAACUGAGCAAACAAAUGUACAUGAACACAAACAACAAACAAUUCCUGCUGAGUGGAUGAGUGACACACAUAACACAAGACACAACAGCCAUUGACUUAAUGAAAAAUGGCUCAACCUUUUGAAUUAGAAAAAUAUGUUGACUUAUCAGUUAUAAAAAUGGCUUUGGACGAACAACCUUUUAAGUUAGCGUAGAAAAAUAUGUAUAUUUAUCGACAUUGUGAAAAAUGGCUCUGAACAGACGACGUUAAUUACCUUUGAGAAAUAACUAUCUAUCAAUAUUAUAAAAGUGCAUUAGGAGAGACAAACAUUCAAAACACCAAGUAGAAAACGAAAGAAUUUAGACACUCCUGGCCACACCCUGAAUGCAAAGAGAAGCAUCACAACCCCUCUAGCUUUACACAAUAAACACAACACCAAAGACACCCACAAAAAAAUUAAAAAUUCACCGUUUGAUACUGGCUAACCUGUAUAUUCACCCAUGUAUACACAAACACCCAAACAUUUACCCGAACACACACACACACGCACACCCUAGUACACUGACCUCACUAUGUACAGCCGUCACAAGUUACAUACUAACAUUUACUAACCCUACCCUUGUUUUCUAAUUUUCUUCCCUUAAUCCCUGAUCUGGCGGGGGUCUGAGGUUUGGCAACGUGUGGGUGGACUUGUCAGGGCUUCAGGACUUCAGGGUAAGGGACAGAAUGUGGGUGAAUACAGGAUAUUUGGAGUUUUCAUUCACUUUUGUCUAAACAUACCUGAGAUUCUUGUUGAAGGUAAAUUAAUAGGGGAUUGUAAGAAUGGGAUAUAAUAAUUUAAUCUACAGAACCUUAAGAUUUCAUUCAAGAUGGAUAACGUCAAGAUAGGCAUGUGUUGGAAGCAGACAUCCUAUUUGCACUAAUAAUUUGAACUAUAGAGCCUUAAGAUUUCAUUACAGAUAGCUAAGGUGAAGAUAAACUGUUGUCUUUUGUGCUAAAUUGCUGUCUUUUGUGCUAAACUGCUGUCUUUUGUGCUAAACUUGUCUUUCUGGUGAUAGGGCAGUACUGGGCUGUGUGUGAGGAAGACAGUGCUAGUGUUGAUCAUUUGAACCAUACAGCCUUACAAAUGUAAUCACAGGUAGCUAAAACAAAGACAGAACAUUAAUAUCUUGAUGAAAACAGACCAUAGAAAUUUAAUUAAAGAUAGCCAAGGUUAUGAUAAAGCAUCUUUCCAACAACAGGGCACAGUACAGUAGAGACGUCACAGUAUCUGCCCUUGUAACCUGAACAUAACCAAACUUAAUGACAGAUAGGAUAAAACACUAAUACCUUACCAACGACUGGCAGAACACCUUUUUUGAGACAUAAUAUAGAGUCUGACAUGAAGAUCUAAGCACAAGAUAAGGCACAGAUCCCCAUACUAUUGAUAAACACCCCAAAUGUCAGCUUAGAAUAUAGUCCUGUAAUGGGUGGAGUCUGUGAUGCUGUAUUGAAUCAAGGACCCACUUUUCAGAAACAUGGGUCACCUGGAUUCGCCUCCUCCUGCCCAGGGUGUUGUGGGAGCCAUCACCGCCGCCCACCACCAGCUUGGCAUUACGCACGCUGGGCACCACAGAGGCACCACACAGCUCCAGCAGCUCCUGUGUGGUGGAGAGAUGCAUUUAGUCAUAGUUUGUUAGGUACUGGCUGUGAGGAGAUACAUUUAGUCAUAGUUUCUUAGACACUCCUUACCUUGAGCUGGGCUGCUGGGGGGGAGCUGCCAUCCAGCACACACACCCCCCCCACCUUGGAGAACAGAGUGUGUUGGUACGAACUGCCCUGUGCCUCACGUUGCUGCCGACAUGCCUGUUAGGGCCAGUUAGUGUUAAGUUAAGGUUUUUUUUAGGGAGUGUGGUGAACUUAAUGGUAAAUACAUAAGGUUAAGAUAAGAAUAUAAACCUGUCUUAUCUGAGAAUAUGUUAAAGAAAUGUUAUUGUUGAAGUUAGAUUAGGUUAGGUUAAUUUUUUUCUAUAUUUGAGUUGUUUUUUUUUUUUAUUUAUUUAUUUAUUUAUUUUUUUGCUGUGGUGUGGUUAGUCUGCGGUGGUUUUGUAUUGCUGGGCUUAGGUUAGUUUUUUCUUUCUUUUUUUUUAAUUGAGGGGUGGGUGAAGUGUCAGUUUAGGGUCGUUUUGUUUUUUGUUUUUUUGGCGUUGGGUUGCGUUGCAUUUUGAUAAUGUUGGUGCUUGUUGUUAUUAUUAUUAUUAUUAUUGUUGUUGUUGUUGUUGUUGUUGUUGUUGUUGUUGUGUUUAAUUAAUUUUAGUCAUCAUUAUUUUUCUUUCUUUUUCUCAUGAAUCUAUUUUUUGUUAGUUCGUUCGUUCGUUUGUUAGCCCAUAAUUAUUACUGAUAUUAUUCUCUUUACGUACGGAUGCUUAAAAAAUGUUCUUGUAUUGCCAUUAUCAUUGAUCAAGAUUCCUUUAAAUGUUUGUUUGUUUUUCUUGCUUUUUUAUCUGCUGUCAUUGCUCAAUUAUUCCACUGCACAUAAUAGGAAAUUUUAUAGUGUAUAUAUUUUCUUAUGUAAAUGUAACAAUGCCUAUAAUUUUCUAUAAAUAUAUAUGAAACUGCUCUAGUCAGACA